CGUUUCUAUUUCUUAGUCAAUACUCGGCAGCAGUUCAUUCCAAAAUCUCAGUCGAAUAUGGACCUUUCAGUAUCAACAGAUAUUCCUUGCCUCAUAAACAGACUUAAUUCGUCAAAUACAACUGUUCAAGCAGCUGCCGCAGCGUGUAUCCAACACCUUGUGUAUAAGAAUGAUGAUGCCAAGGAAGAGGCGUGGCGAGCCGGUGGACUUGACAAUCUUAUUAGGCUUUUCACAUCGAACGAACUAUCCGUGGUCGCAAAUGCUACUGGAGCCUUACGAAACCUUACCUCAGGGUCGAAUAUCCGACUCUGCUUAGAAUUCGAAAGAUCCAAUGGAAUAAACGCACUCCUUUGGCUCAUAAAUCAGUAUCGGCAGAGCUUUGCUGAGGAGCAUUUCAAUACUAAUUUAAUGGCGAAGCUUAACACUGAUCGAAUCCUCAAUUUACUGGAGAAUGCCUCUGCCAUUCUUUGCAAUAUUACAUCAAUUGAAAUAGUCCGAAAGCGGGUAGCGGUUGGAGCGGUGAUUCCAGUUCUCUUGACAACAGUCCUGAUACCGGUCUCACGGGCAGUUUGCGGCAAUCUUGGCAAUUUUAGCGAUGGAAACUCUCCUCUUCAUCCUACCGUUCUUUAUCGUACUUGUACCGCGGUCAUACGGAACAUGAGCUGCUGCGAGGACGCAAAUAUCCGCGCUCAAUUGCGAGGUUGUGUGGGCUUACUGGAAAAUUUGUUACAGGUGAUGCGCGUGGCUGGGACCAGCGGUUUGACGGACACAAAAGUGGUGGAAAACUGUACCUGCGCCGUCCGCAAUCUCUGUUUUGCUCUAGGAGAUGUCACUAAGCCGCCAAGUGAUUACUUUAUCACGAAGGCACUUAGAAGUCGUGGUCGCUGCAAAAUCGCAAAGGGGUGGAAUCGAAAAGACUUUGAUACUCACAUUGACGUUGGAGAAGCCUCAAAACCAACCUCAAAUACGUUAGACGCCGUCCUGUGGCGUCCCGAUGCCAUAGCCACUCUUCUUGCACUAUUAAGCCAAUCCCCCAAUCCUGUGUGCAUAGAGGCCGCUGCUGGUGCCAUCCAGAAUCUUACCUCUUCAGCCAAAUGGCAACCCGCAGAGAUUGUUCGUUCAGAGGCGAGCAUAAAGACUCUCUAUUUCAAGGUUCGUCUGCAAAACGGACUACCUGUUCUCGUGGAUCUUCUUCAUUUUCCCGAUAAUUCUGUUGUUAAAACUGUGGCAAUGACUCUGCGAAAUCUGAUUUUGGAGAAGGAGACUCUCAAACACCUGGGAAAACAUUCGCUACCUGCGCUUGUGGCCUCUCUCACUCUCCAUUCGCCUAUGCCACGAAGUCCAUCACUAUCCAGCCUUACGCCAUCUCCAGCCUUGAAUGUUCAUCGUUGCACUCCGUUGAAUUGCCAAGUUCUUCUACCCAUCCUUAUUUUAUGCUCUGAAAUCAUUUCCAACCAAGGCGAUUUCACCAGUCACUUCGUUGAACUGGGUGGAGUUCACUACUGCAAGGCCGUGGUUCAGGCUUUGAGUGCAGAACGGAAAUCUACGCUCUCAGAAAUCCAUCGUUCCUGUCGUCAAGUCGCGUCUCAAUUGUUGAGAUCGCUGUGUAAAUUCAAACGCCCUCGGUCUCUUAAUAAGGAGGUAAAUUGCAUCAUCACUAACUCUUUUACUUGGUUCUCCCAGCAGCUUAUGGAUACAAUUCUAACACAUGUAAACGACUUGCUAUUCUCAUCACUUUUCUCGAUUAUGUAUGGAUUAACCAACGUUGACUUCCUACAAAAGAAAAGGGGCAUGUUACUUCCGACCUCAGUCCACCAGAGUAGGUCCAGACACGUUCCUAUGACACUUGCCCAACGCUACGAAGAAGGUGAAGAGAGGCAACGGAGGAGGUAUUAUCAAGCUCACAGCUACUGUCCAAAUUACGACCAACGGAAGAGUUUUCGACGCGUCCCAUUUACAGCAUUCUCCCCGCCCUACCAUAUGGAGCUCUUCCCUAGUACCAUGAGAUGGCAGCCGGAGGAUACUCCUCAACAGUUUGACACUCCCUUCGGGGUUUGUGUUCCCUUUCCUUCUACCAACACCGCCAACAUUGGUCCUAAUGCUUGGGAAGUUGAAAACGCAGCUUUCGCGAUGGCCCCCUGGGAUCGAUCGCCCAGUGAUACGUCCCGCAACGAGGAAGAUCCUGAGAAGAACAUAUCGUUUAUACAUGAUGCAAUGGCGAGCGCCAAUGGAACAUGA